UCCAGCUAUCCCAUUGGCCACCGGGCGAGGAGAGGAACUUAGUGUAUAGUUUGCAGCGCGCUGAUUGGUCAGAAUGUGGAGUUUGAGGCAUGUGCGGUGUGCUGUACCUUUGUGUGCCGCUUCCGGUGUAGUUCUGUAUUGGGGCUGUGUGUUCCUGCUGAUGGUGCUAAGAUGAGCUCCUUCCUGGGCCGGAUGAAGGAGUACCCCUCCAUAUCUAUAGACAGGUUUGAUAGGGAGAACAUCUCAGCCAAGGCUUUCUUUCUAUCCCAUUGUCACAAAGAUCACAUGAAAGGACUUCGUGCUCCGCUCCUAAAACGAAGACUGGAGUGCAGCCUAAAAGUUUUCCUCUAUUGUUCUCCAGUCACCAAAGAGCUUCUGUUGACAAGUCCUAAGUAUGCAUUCUGGGAAAACCGCAUGAGACCUAUAGAAGUGGACACUCCAACUCAGAUCUCCUUGGUUGAUGAAGCUACUGGUGAGAAAGAAGAUGUUUUGAUCACACUGUUACCAGCCGGUCACUGUCCAGGAUCAGUAAUGUUUUUGUUCCAAGGACAAAAUGGCACCGUGUUGUAUACUGGAGAUUUCAGGCUUGCAAAAGGAGAAGUGGCGCGUAUGGAGCUUUUACAUUCAGGAAACAGGGUAAAAGAGAUUGAUAGCGUUUAUUUGGAUACAACGUUCUGCGACCCUAAAUUUUUCCAGAUUCCUAGCAGAGAGGAAUGUUUAUCUGGAGUUUUGGAGUUGGUACACAGCUGGAUAACACUGAGUCCUCAUCAUGUUGUUUGGUUUAACUGCAAAGCCGCUUAUGGAUAUGAGUAUUUAUUCACAAACAUGAGUGAGGAAUUUGGAGCAAAGGUGCAUGUGAACAAACUGGACAUGUUUAAGAACAUGCCUGAAAUUCUUUGUCACGUGACAACCGAUUGCAGGACACAGAUUCAUGCCUGUCGGCAUCCAUUGAAUGAAGAAUUCCUGCGAGGGAACAGAUUGCCUUGUGGAAUGUUUUCAAAUGAUGGAGUCCCUUUACGAGUUAUUAGCAUUAAACCAUCAACUAUGUGGUUUGGUGAGAGGACAAGAAAAACCAGUGUGAUUGCAAGAACCGGCGACAGUUCAUACCGGGCGUGCUUUUCUUUCCACUCGUCGUACAGUGAGAUUAAAGAUUUUCUCCGUUAUAUUCAGCCGACAAAAGCAUAUGCAAAUGUGAUUCCUGUUGGAAGAACAGUUGCAUAUGUAGAAGAAAUCUUGAAGCCACUUUGUAAUUCCUAUUCAGAAAGCUCUGUGAUGAAGUAUAAGCCACUGGGCAGUCUGAAGCGAACAAGGAGUGUGAAAUUAUUGGAAGAAGACGAGGAUGGCAUUGAGGAUUUGUUUGAUGAUUACCCAUUAACUAAUUUGAAACAAAAAAUUGUCAGGGAUAACAGCUGGAAACCGGAGGAAAACCUAUUGUCUGCUAAAUGUGAACACAACAAGCCUAAUGAGAAUCCCACGGCCUCCCCAGUUCCUGUUACCACAAAAGUAAAUUUUGUGGAUUGUGAGGAGUCCAAUGGAGAGGAUGAGGAUGAUGAAGAAGAAGCAGAAGAUACCCCACUACUAGUUACAAUGCAGAAGCCUAUUGAAAGAGGCAAGUGUUCUGUAGAGUGCACGGUUGUUUCUGAAAAGAAACCGGAUGACUAUAUACAGGAAAAUGUCAAAGCUGCAGGAGAUGUGAUGCCAAAGUGGAGCGCGUUCUUCCAAUCUGUGGAAGAGGACGAUGCUUUGGGCAAUGAAAACCAUGUAGAAAGUUCAGGGAAAGACAAGAACUCGCAGUCCCCAAUACUUGUCAGUGAUUCAGACGAUUCUACUCAUAUAUCCUCCUUGAGUUCCUCCCAGUCUACGCACAUCUCUGAGCAAGGUAGUCAGGGAUGGGACAGUCAGGCCGAUACAGUACUGGUGUCAUCACAAGAAAGGAGGGCUGCUGAAAUGGCAUCUGUACGUAGGUCGUCUUAUAGUAUUCCAGAGGGUGACUUACCUGAAGAGACCAAGCCAGAAGGAGGACAAAGCACCGCAAACUGCGACCCUAUUAUCAAUACAAUACAAUCGCCUUCUGGAGUGAGUAAAAACCAAGGUGAAGCACCAGACCCGACAAAGCGUGAUAGAAAAGCAGAGUCUCAGAGCUCUUCAGACUUCGAGAUCCCUUCAUCACCUGGAGCGGAGCUGCCACAUCCAGCCAAACUACAGGACCUCUAUCAACGACUUGCCACAGGGGAUGCAAUCACAGCACUUCAAGACUGAAAACAUUCCCGUCGCAUUCUUUUUUGAUUUACAAAAAUAAUUUUAGGAAAUAGUGAUAUAUAUA